AUGUAUGAUCCAGACUUCGACUGGGACGAAGCCGAGCGAUUGCUGGAGGAGGAUUCUCAGGCCACGCCGGCUGAGCCGGCGGCGGAGUCCCCACGCAGCAGUUCGUUUGGCCUGGUGCGGUUGGAGAAGCGAGCUCAAUGGCAAGCCCAUGAUGGUCAGGUCAACGUGGCGCUCCUGGAGAACCGCGGCGAGGCCCAGCAGGCCUUCACCGGCUGCUGGGACUCCGCCAGCCUCCGCUGCUGGGACCUGGCCCAGGAGGAGCCGAGCCCCUUGGGCGAGCUGCGCGUUGGCGGCUUCCUCAACGCCGUGGCGAAGCUCCGCGGCGACACGGCGCUGGUUGCCGUGUCUGCGGGGCUCAUCCCCACUCCCGGAGAGUCGCUGAAGGUCUACAGCCUGAGCCCGCCGUUGCCUUCGCCAACGAAGGCGGAGAGCUGCUUCCUCCACACCCGCGGCUGCCGCGCUCUGGCCGUCUGGCCGGCGCCGGGGUGCGGGGAGCUGGCGGCCUCCAUCUCGAAGGACUCCCUGGCAGUGUCUCGCGUGCGCGAGGGAGGCGGAGGUAUCCUUGCAGCAUCGCCGGUGUUUGCGGCUUCGAACCCGCACGACAUGCAAGAGGUCACAGCGCUGUGCUGGCAGGAGGAGGCCCUGCUUGCCUCUGGCGGCACCGGCGGCAAGGUGAGGUCCUGGGAUCUCAACUCUGCUGUUCGCGGCACCUGGACCUGCAGCGUCUCCCCCGGGUCAUGGGUGCGACACCUGGAGCGCUGCACAAGCUCGGGGUGCCUUGUGGUCUGCCACUCGGACGGGCUCUGUUGGUUGGACGGCCGCACCGGGCAAAGCGUCGGGCACGUCGCGGGCCUUGGGCAGGCCUACGCCAACGUCAGGAUCAGCGACCACGUGCGGAUCGUUGCGUUUGGGCGGCGGCUCCUGGCUUGCGACCGGCGCCGCCUCACCCCGGAGGCUGGGGCCUCCGCGGAACUGGCGGCCGCGGCGCUCAGCCUUGAUCUCUGCGCGGGCGCGGGGGGAAGCCUGCUGGUCGGGUCGAAGGAUGGGGUGGCAACGAUCUAUUCCGUGCAUGCGUGA